UUAGAGGACAGUCUAAUUAAUAUACGUACAAAAAUUCAUGAUCAUAGACUACAGAUCCAUAAAAAUACAGACCCCGAAACUUUUAAUAAAAACGGCAACUAAAUAUAAUUUUUUACGUACUCAACGAGGAAGACCAGAUUUUAAUUUAGUAUCAGAAACACUUACAUUUUUAGAUUGUAUUUGUGGAAGCACAAAAGGAAGUCUUGGAGUAUUUGCAGAAAUUGGUGAACAUAGUAUUCUAACAGAAUUUUGUCAAGGUCCUUGUCAUGAAAAUCAAAAUGCUUUAGCUAGACAUGAAAGUAAUGGAAUGGAUAUUGUUAUAUCUCUAGUACUUAAUGAUAUUAGACCUUUGGCAGAUCAAAGAAUGGAAUUGGCUUUAGAAAUUAAAAGUCAAGCCUCCAAACUUUUAUUAGCCAUAAUGGAAUCUAGAGAUGAUUCUGAAAAUGCUGAUCGUGUUCUUCGUUUAAUGGCCCAUAGCGUCACAAGUACAAGUACUUCUUCCUCUUUAUCUUCAUCAUCAACUAGCGGGGGCGCUAAACAAUUAAUUAAAGCAAUUGGGCAUGCUUAUUCAAUGUCUUCAACAUAUUCCCCCUCUCCUUCCUUUUCUUCUACUCCUGGACAAGCAUUAGAAGUUGCUAAUCAUUUACAUCAACAACAAAUAUUAACAGAAAAUAUUUCUGAAAAUAAAAAAACUUUUGGAGGAUUUAAAUAUUUAAUUUCUUGGAUUUGGCCUUUUUCUAAAAAUAAUUUAAAUAAACCAGAAAUUUGUUUAUCUUCUAAUGGAAAUAAUUUAAAGAAUAAUAAUAAAGAAGAAAAAGACAAAAUUAAAGACAAAGCUUUAUUAACAACAUCUAUUCCGACUUUAGUUGACCCUAAAGAAGUUGGCCACAAUAUUUUUAUUUUAGCCCAACAAUUAGGUCGGCAUAGUAAAGAAUUAAAUUGGCAUCUUUGCCCAGAAAAUGCAACAAAUGAAAAUAUUAAAAAUGCUUUAACAUUUUAUCAGCAACAUACAGGACAAAUUGAAAUUGUUCGUUCUGAUCGAAAAAUGGAAAGAGUACUUUUUCCAAUUAAUGAUAUUUGUGGGUUUUUAACUGAUGAAACAAAACAUUCAGUUUUUGUUAAUACCGAAAAGGAUGCACAAGGAUCGAAAAUUUCUGAUUUUUUUGAUAAAUGGCCUAAUUUAUAUAAUGAAAUGAAAUGGCAAAGAAAAUUACAAAGUAAAGAGAAUUUAAAUAAAAUAAAUUUAUUUAAAUAUUUAGAUAGACAAUUAUUAAGUUAUUUCACUAAACGUUUACAUAUUUGGUCAAGAACUUGUUUCUUUUUGUCUGUUCUUCUUAAUUUAAUUUUAGCAAUUUCCUAUCCAUUUGAACAUUCACAAAAUUUUGGACAAUCACUAUUUUUGAGUGCUGACAAUCCUUUUAUUUAUUUAUCUUUUUUGGUUGCUCUUUUAUAUUUUUUCUUUUGUUGUUCUCCUGAAUGGCAUUCUGUUGGAUUAUCCUUUUGUUCACAAAUUAGUUUAUUUCUGGCAAUGUUUUCAUCAUCAAUUUUAUCAACAGCACUUUUUGGAUUGUUACCAACACUUUGGAUUUUGGGUACUUUACAAUUUGUUGUCAAAUGUAUUCACAUAACUAGUUAUUCAGGCAAUAAAGGAUUUGUGGAAGACCAUAAUUGGAAACAAAUAUUUUCUGAUUCAACAUUUUUAUAUCAUUUGGCUUAUUUAAUUUGUUGUUUGUUAGGACUUUUAAUCCAUCCGUUUAUUUAUUCUUUAUUGUUAUUUGACGUUAUUGCUUGUGAAGAAACACUUCAAAACGUUAUUAGAUCAGUUACUCGUAAUUGGCAAUCUAUAUUUUUAACUGGUCUUUUAGCAUUAAUUUUAGUUUAUCAUUUCUCUAUUAUUGGGUAUUUAUUCUUUCAAAGAGAUUUUCGAUUAGAAGUACAUAAAUUAACGGAUUCUGAAGAAGAAAUGGAAAAUAAAUGUUUAAAUGAAAAUAAUUAUUUUUAUAAAAAUUAUUUAAAAGAAGAGGAAAAUAAACAAAAAUGUGAAGAAAAAAAUAAUUUAAUUGAAGAAGAUGAUGAAUUAGAAUUAAAAGUACCUUCUUGUGAGACACUUAGAAUGUGUAUUUUAACAACACUUAAUUGGGGACUUAGGAACGGAGGUGGAAUUGGUGAUGUUUUGCGGAGUGUUAGUCCUCAUGAGCCUUAUUUCUUUUGGAGAAUUUUGUAUGAUAUGACUUUUUAUAUUGUUUUAAUUAUUAUUGUUCUUAAUUUGAUUUUUGGAGUAAUUAUUGAUACUUUUGGUGAUUUGAGAACAGAAAAAAAUGAAAAAGAAUUUACUUUGAGAAAUACUUGUUUUAUUUGUGGAUUAGAAAGAGGAAAAUUUGAUAAUAAAUCAGUUCAAGUAACAUUUGAUGAACAUAAUGAAAGGGAACAUAAUCUUUGGCAUUAUAUUUAUUUUAUUGUUUGGCUACAAAUUAAAGAUGAAACAGAAUUUACUGGACCAGAAAGUUUUGUAUCUAAAUGUGUUAAAAAUCAUAAUAUGGAUUGGUUUCCAAGAAUGCAAGCAAUUUCCUUACAAAAAGAAAAUGAAAAUAAUUUGGAAGAAAUUGAAAAUAAUAAUAUACAAAAACAACAAUUAUUACAAUUAGAAUUAAAUAAUUUGAGAGAACAAUUACACCAAAAUCAAUCUUUACUUAGAGAAUUUGGACAAAGAAUGCAAGAAUUACAUCAAUUAUUAAUUAUUGAUCAACAACAAAAUUAA